AUGGGGGCCGAACCCUGGAAGUGCGCCCUUAUCAUGGAGGAGCUCGGAAUCCCGUACGAGACCAAGUUCGUCGCGUUCGAGGAUGUCAAGAAGGAGCCUUUUAUCUCCCUGAACCCUAACGGCCGCCUACCUGCCAUUGAGGAUCCCAACACGGGCCUUACCCUCUGGGAAUCCGGCGCCAUCGUCCAGUACCUCAUCGAACAGUACGAUACGGAACACAAGAUUAGCUAUGCCGACUCUCCCAACAACUGUGUGGUUCAGCCGGUAUUCCCCGAGAAGAUCCCCAUCGCCAUCGACCGCUACAAGAACGAAGCUGUGAGGGUCACUGGGGUCUUGGACAAGGUUCUGCAAGACAGGGAUUGGCUUGUCGGAGACAAGUGCACCUACGCCGAUCUAUCCUUUAUUGCGUGGCAGCGCAGGGUGACUGUGUUCUUCGGGACCGACUUUUACGACCAGUUCCCCAAGGCCAAGGCUUGGAUGGAGCGCAUGGAAGCGAGAGCGACUGUUCAAAAGGUGUACAAGGAGCAAGACGAGGCCGUAGCCAAGCUUGGCCCGAACGCGUGA